CAGGACCAGACGACGAUGAUGGCAGACCACCGUGACCACGAAGCAGCGCCCUCCGCGACAGCGACAGCAGCCGACCUUUCGAACAGCAGUGCUGGCAAGGAGGAAGGCGGACACAAAGAACACAGCGGCCAAAGUCAGAAGAGUGGUGGUAGCAGUGGUAGCGGUGGUGAUGACGGUGAUGCGAAGACCAUCGCCGCACAAGAGGCUGCAGACGACAAGGACUUGUACGCGUUGCUGAACUGCUCCCAACACGCCUCGCCAGAGCAAAUCAAGACAGAGUUCAUGCUGCUGGCGAAGAAGCACCAUCCAGACAGACAAGUGCCCGCCACCCUUGAAACGACGCAAGGAGCGGAAACCUCCAAUCCAAAUGUCGCUCGGCCACCGCCUGCCUCGGAAUCAAAAGCAGUUCAUGACACGACCGAGCGGGGCACACACGUACCUAUAUCCUUCACACGCCUAUCGCGGGCGUAUUGCAUUCUCUCCGACCCAUCCCUUCGCAAGCAAUAUGACGACUGGCGUGCCGCUGGGUUGAACAUCUCCUUCACACAAUGGCAGUCUGCACAAAUGUCAUCGCGACUGCACUUUGCCAUGUCCACCAAGAAGCCCUUGCAGUUGGAAGAGAAGCAGGACCAAGGGAAACAUGGCGAUGAACCGAGCACAAAGCGGCCCCACACAACUGUGGCUGCCCCAUCCGCCUCCGCCACACUGCAGGCCUUUCGUCAAGGGCAGUCGCCCGACGCUGCCUUGCGCAACUUUCGUGGAUGGUAGAAGUGGAGCCAUGGCAAGGUGGACGACAGGACGACGCAUGCAAGUGGGUGUUUGUGUUUAUUGUGAUGCUGCUUGCGCUCGUUAUCCUGCCUCGUCCCUUCACCGCACGUAUCAUGUGUUUGGUUGAGCGGUUGUCAACGCAAGUCAUGUAUUGAUGCCAUUCAUGUGAUGUUGGAACGUAACGGAGGGGGACCGGAGUUAUUGUAAACGAACAGCCACCA